AUGUUCAAAAACAGACAUUGGAUAUUCCAACAGGACUCUGCACCAGCUCAUAGGGCACGAAGCGCGCAAAACUGGUUGACCGUCCGUGGAGUUGGCUUUAUCGGACAUGAAGACUGGCCCUCUUCUAGUCCAGAUUUAAACCCACUGGAUUACAAGAUAUGGCAACAUUUGGAGGAGAAAGUCUGCGCUAAACCUUAUCGGAAUUUGGAAUCUCUCCGAGUACCUUUGGCUAAAGCAGCGGCAGAAAUAGUUUGGCUUGGAGUGUGGUGCGUGCUGCGGUUGAUAAUUGGCCGCGGCGAUUAA